UCUCCUGCUUGAUCUGCUAAGUGGAAAAAAGAGAGAAAUACACACACACACCAUGCUGCUAAGGGCUUGAACCUGCUCCCCUGUCCUGAAUAUAACUUCUCCAUUUUGUUUCCUCACCAGCUUCCAGUCAUGGCUUUUCCAAACCAAUCCAUGUCAUCGGUUUCUCCCGAGAGAAAGAUGGGAAGGGGGAAGAUUGAGAUCAAGAGGAUUGAGAACACCACCAGUCGACAAGUUACCUUCUGCAAGCGCAGAAAUGGCUUGCUCAAGAAGGCAUAUGAGUUAUCUGUGCUUUGUGAUGCAGAGGUUGCUCUCAUAGUCUUUUCAAACCGUGGCCGCCUCUAUGAAUAUGCUAAUAACAGUGUCAAAGCUUCAAUUGAGAGAUACAAGAAAGCAAGUUCAGAUUCAUCUAACGGUGGAUCUGCUUCUGAGGCUAAUGCUCAGUUUUACCAGCAAGAAGCUGCCAAACUGCGAGUUCAAAUCAGCAAUCUGCAGAAUCACAAUAGGCAAAUGAUGGGUGAGGCUUUGAGCGAUAUGGAUGCCAAGGAUCUCAAAAACCUAGAGACUAAAUUAGAAAAAGGAAUUAGCAGAAUUCGAUCAAAGAAGAAUGAGCUGCUAUUUGCAGAAAUUGAGUACAUGCAAAAGAGGGAGACAGACUUGCACAAUAACAACCAGCUUCUUAGAGCAAAGAUGGCAGAAAGGGAAAGGAGUGAGCAUAAUGUUAACGUGUUGUCUGGAAGCACAAGCUACGAAUCAAUGCAAUCUCAGUUUGAUUCUCGUGGCUUCUUCCAAGUCACUGGAUUACAACCCAAUAAUAACCAGUAUGCUGGACAAGACCACAUGUCCCUCCAAUUUGUUUGAAGAGUUUAAGGUUGAGAAGGAUAAAGACUAAGAUUUAGUAUUGUUAUUCGGUAUGAUCUGUAGGAAUGGUGAUGCCUAGGGAAUAUGCAGAACUGAAGAGGUGAAAUUAAUUUAAGUAUUCCCCUAAUAUGUUGUGACUUUGUAGACUUUAAUAAGGUACCCUACUAUAACCAUGUGAAAGGUUCUAUGGACUGUUAGUGUGUAUACUGAUACUCUGAAUACAGAGAUUGAACCAUGGCAUAUUUGUCAACUUUUGUUAAUUUUCCA